UGCGCGGCGCCGCCUCCCCGCCGGGUCCCCUCCCUCCCUCUCCCUGACUGCCCUCGCAGGCGGGAGGCGGAUCAGAGGGAUCGUGCGGUGCUGUGCGGGCACCCCUAGCCCCAGCCGAGCCGAGCCGAGCCGAGCCCCCGCACCAUGCCGGCCGCCGCGCCGCCCCCGCUCCACCCCGCGGCGGGCGUCUGCUGCCACUGCCAGGGACGCCAAGGCUUGUUGGACCAUUCACCACACGAUGCAGGCUCAAAAGUAAAAGAGAGGAAACUACACGGGACUUGUCCUCCUGUUGGUCGUGGAAACUAUGGGAAACCGUGUUUGGGUGAAAGCAGCCACAGGUCCUCAUUUUUCAGUCCCCGCAAUGGUUUUCACACGAUACAUUCAGAGCACAGUCCUGUGAAGCCAAGGAUAAUUACAGUGGUGAAACCUGGCGGCCGCACGCUCAGGAGGAUAACCUUGCUUCUCAACAAGAGAUCAGUCCAGACCUUUGAGCAGCUGAUGGCUGACAUUUCAGAAGCUCUGGGAUUUCCUCGUUGGAAGAAUGACCGUGUGAGAAAGCUGUACAAUCUGAGAGGCAGAGAAAUCCGAAGUGUUUCUGAGUUCUUCAGGGAAGGUGAUGCGUUCAUAGCUAUGGGAAGGGAGCCCCUCACUGUGAAGGAUCUGGAAGUGGUAUUACAAGAACUUUAUCCUGAAAAUCCUUAUGCUUGCAGUGCUGCCAUUCAGCAGAAUGAGGAGCAGUCCCAAAAACUGAAGAGCAGGCUGUAUGACAAGGCCUCGAAAGUAGACAGUGGCUUUGAUGAGACAGAAAUGACCAAGAACUGCAGCGAUGGCUUGUCUUCCCAACUGGUAGCUGGACAUGAAGGAAAAAGUCAAGCCAAGACAAAGCAAGAGGAAAAAAUGAGAACCAAAAAAAAGUGGACUAGAGAGAGCUGGAGUGGUGAGCCUGGAGUGAAGCCUUCUAGAAAAACACGAGAAAGUGAAAGAUACCUUAACCAUGAGAGGAGUUCUGAGGAAGGCUUAGAAGAGAGUUCGGAGGAGGUGCUGAGGUGUGAGAAGUGCGAACAGGAAAGGCAGGCCAGAGAAAAGUUACAGAGGGAAAGGCAGGCUGAGGCCUCGUUUGAGAACAGAGACUUGAACGCAGGUGCAUGUCAGACGUACCAUGUAGAAAGAAAUGCAAAAGUCAGGAACUGCCGAAAAUCUUCUGAAAAUUGUCUGGAGGGUGAGGAAGUUGGCUGGAAAGAUAAUGGCAGUAGGAGGAUGUGGAAGCCGCUACACAGGAUUGUUAAUGAAGGGCUGGAGAAGCAAAAAAGGAGCAUUGAGAAAGAAAGGGAUGUGGAGAAGCAUGAAAACCAUGGGAAGGAAGUAGUAAAAAUCAGGAAGAAUGCUGUAGAAGGGCUCCAGCUAUCUCAUGAAGUGAAGGAAGAUAAUGGAAGUAGCUGUGUAAUGAACCAAAGCGGUUGGCUAAAGAAAGACACUCUGAGGGAUGCUGAGAAAAUGUCUAAAACACAUAGGGAGGGCAGAGAGGGACAAAGGUCUAAAGAGGAAGCUGUCAGAAGAGAGGGGAAUGUCACAUGUAGAGAGAGUGACAUGACUCGACGAGAAAAAACAGGGGAGCGCAGAGUGAAUAAAGAAGACAGCAAAGCUCAGGGAUUGGAAAGCACAAGCCGGAGGUAUGCCAUUAAAAGCAGAACUGAUGUGGAAAAACACUAUGAGAUUGGCAGAACUAUUGGGGAUGGGAACUUUGCAGUGGUGAAGGAAUGUCGCCACUGUGAUUCCAAUCAGAUCUAUGCUAUGAAAAUUGUUGAUAAAUCCAAACUGAAGGGGAAGGAGGACAUGAUGGAAAGUGAAAUUCUGAUUAUUCGGAGUCUCUCUCAUCCCAAUAUAGUAAGCUUAAUUGAGGUGUAUGAGACAGAGGCUGAGAUCUACCUAAUCCUGGAGUAUGUCCCAGGAGGAGACUUAUUUGAUGCAAUCAUAGAAAGUGUGAAGUUCACGGAGCAUGAUGCUGCUGUCAUGAUCACUGACCUGUGUGAAGCACUGGUUUAUAUUCACAGCAAGAACAUUGUCCACAGGGACCUAAAACCAGAGAAUCUUUUGGUUCAGCACAACGCAGAUAAAUCUACUACACUGAAACUGGCAGAUUUCGGCCUUGCAAAGCAGGUUACAAAACCCAUAUUUACUGUCUGCGGAACACCAACGUACGUUGCUCCUGAAAUACUUGCUGAGAAGGGUUAUGGACUUGAAGUAGACAUGUGGGCAGCUGGUGUGAUCCUUUACAUCCUGCUCUGCGGUUUUCCCCCUUUUCGCAGUCAGGACCGUGAUCAAGAGGAGCUGUUUCAGAUCAUACAGCUGGGUCACUACGAGUUCCUAUCCCCUUACUGGGACAAUAUUUCUGCAGCAGCGAAAGACCUCAUCACCAGGCUGUUGAUAGUGGAUCCCCAGAAGCGCUACACAGCACGGCAAGUACUUCAGCACCCCUGGAUCAGAACAGCUGGGAAAACUAACAGCAGGAAUUUGCAGAGAGAAGUGACAAUAAAUAUUGAACGCCAUUUCCGGGCCCAGCGCCGAAAGGAAGUUGCUGAUGGGGACACAUGAAAUCUUUCAAGCUCAUUUUGUCUUCUUUUUAUUGAUUAAUAAAUCAUUUAUGUUUUCUUUUCUAAAUUAAUUGGGAAUUUAAUGUGUAGCUGUUGGUGGCUAUUGCCAUGUCUCUUUUUUUGAUUCUGAGAUUCUGAAGGACAAAGAUCAAAUUCACAUCCACCUCCUCUGAUGUUACUUGGCAGUCUCUCUGUUGAAAGCAGUGGGGACUAGAUAAAUCCUGGAGGGUGUCUAUUAUUUUUCUUUAAGUACUGAUUUGGGCUUUUACAUCUGUUUAAGAUGACAAAUGUUUGCUUCUGUGACUGACACUAGUGGUGAGUCUUCUCUCAUCAUUUUUGUAUGGUAUCUUCGAGGAGUUUUGUGUUCGUAAUGUUUUCAAAAUAGCUGUCUGCAUACACAUCCUGCACUAAUUCUUUAAACUGUCUUUUCACUAAUUCCUUCUGGCCACAGAGAAGGAAGAAUAAAAAGUACAUCUAUUCUUUAGCUGUAGGAUAUAUUAAAUAAGCAGCCAGAUACUGUAUUUAUUAAGUUGUGAGGGAAUACAAACCCUUAUUGACUAAAUCUGAUGUUUUAUGAUGUCUCCCUUGGCAACCUAUUUCAUUGCUUGCUCAGGAUAGUAGAUGGUAAUAGAUGGUACAAUGUUACACGGUGAUGGUGCUGUGCAGUAUGAGUUCAUUUGUCUUGAGAAGGGGGAAGAUAUGGCUGAUACCUUUUCAAGAUUCUAAUAAUAACAACUUUCAGAGAGGUUUUCUUCCUAUUCUGGGAAGCAGGAAGUUAAGCGAUUCUAAGGGCACUUUGCUUCUUUCCCCAAAGUCAUAAUUAUGGAAUGAUAACUCAUGCAUUUUUCCAUAUUGAGUUUUUUACCCCUUGGAGACAUCCAUGUGCAUCUGUUACUUUUCUAUGCUGAUAGAGAAGAAGAAGCUGGGAAACUGUGAGCAAAGUUAAUACUUGCCCUCACCAUUUCCCUUUCAUCAACACACUUCCCAGCUGAAUUGCUUUUUUACACUUUUUCAGUGUAGUUUAGCAAUUGUUUUGCUUGCUUGGUUCGGUUUUUUUUCAUAUCUUGUCCUCCCUGUAGCCUUUUUCUCCUUGCUUCCAUGAGAAUAGGCAACAGGAUGAAAUUAGACUAAAAUCCCACUUGGGGAGAAACAGCUUAUUGGCUAUGGAAAAGUCUCCCAGGGGAAGUGUCAGAUGCUCUAUUGCAUGUGUUUUUAAUAUUUUUAUUGGAUGCAGUUUUAAAGAAAUCCUGAGAGGAAAAAAUACAGUCCAGAGAGGGGCCAUGACCUAGAACAGCUUUUGAAUCUCAGAAUUUUUGGUUAACUAAUUAAAUUCAAAAAGCACAUGAGUUUUCCAUUUUAUAAUUCUUUGAGUUCCAUGUGCUAUCAAAUAAUAUUGAUGUUGGAAUAUCAGUGGUGUUAGCAUUGAAUACACAGCCUGUAGAAAUAAAGGAGGGUAUUUUACACUUGGAGAGCUGCUGCUCUGCCUGUGUAUUUCAUAAUGAGAAAUGUCAGAAGCAUUUCAGAAUCAGUGGAACAUUUUCACAACUAUAUGAACCAGAAUAUUAUUUUUUGGUGAGUGCUAAUAUUUUGUGUGAACUUGCUGAAUAACCAAAAAGUGUAGGGUGCUGUCAUCAUAUUUCUGUUUCAUCUUGUGACUGUUCUGCUGCAAGAGUUAUGUAUAAAAGUAGAGAUCCCUUUACUCUUAAAGGAGAAUUGCACUUUAAAUUGAAUUAGCUUAUUUGUAAUACUUACUGGAAUAAGACUUGCUGUGGAGUUCAAGAAUUGGUGAAACAAACCAAUCAAAUCUUUACUGUAUGCCCAAGUAGUAUGUCAUACUUCUACUUUGGCGUCUCUGAGUCAGGAAGACUUUUCCGGAAAACAAAAAUGGAUUUAAGUGCUUCCCUGAGUUGAGGGAAACUAAUAUAACCUAAUAUUAUAAAAGUAUUACAUAGUAUUUGAGUACUAGUAAUAAUGUAUCCUCUGUUAAUUUAAGUAUAUUUUGAAUAGGAAACUGUGGAAAAAUGGCUUCUGAUGUGCAAUAUUAUAUUUUGUAAUUAUCUUAUUUUUAAUAUAGUUGUUUAGGAAUAAAGUCUGAAGUGACUAAAAGUAUUUAAUGAGCAAUGAAUCUGAAAGUUUGGAGAUUGUGUUACAAGUUGCCUUUUUCAUCUCUAAGAACCUGUCUGCAGCCUUAUUCAUAGUGCAGAAGAUAGAGAAAUUGCUUGUAAUGAUUAUAAAAGUAGUUAUUUUUUCAAUGAUUUUGUUUUUCUUUCAAGUUCUCUGUGUUCCAGACAGGCUAAACGUGGACUGUGCCAGGUAGUCACUGCACGGCACCUGUAAGUGCAGAUGCUACUGUGGCAGUGCUGAGGCUCUGGUUUGUCACUGUUGCUAACAGACCUGUGGCAUUAGGCCCUCCUCCUUCAGGCUGGAGGCUGAAAAAGCUUCCAGGUGCUUCUCAGGGUUUUUACUUCUUUCUUUCUGUCUCCUACUUUGUUAUUCCUUCUUUUCUCUUGUUGCUUCCAGUGUUCUUGCUCUGCCUCUGUGCUGUCCUCAAGAGGCCAGGUCCCCAAACUUUAUAGUUUAAGUUACUUGUAGCAAUGAAAACCCAUAUGAUUUUGGAGAGCUCAGCUUCAACAUUGCUUGCUGAUGUUGAAAGUAAUGUUAGGCAGGACUCAGACAAAAAAUGGUGAAAAUCCUCUGUCAUCUUCUACUGCCUUUUCUCAGGCUUUUGUCUGCCCACUGUGUGACAUUCCAAUGCAGACCUGAUCUUUAUGCUCUUUAAGGUGGUUUCUAAUAUAUGAACCAUGUUCACACUCCAUGAUUGAGGAUUAUCACUGUUCUUUGUUUCCUGAUAUUUUUCUAAUGUAUACUCUCUCCUUGGGUUUUGGAGUCAUCUUCCCCUUAAUGUUUGCAUUUCGUGAUUGGUUCCUUUGUCUACAGUAAGUCUGAGAAAGCUCAAAGCUGGGGGAGAAUACAGGCUCAGAGAAAAUUCUUGCUGAUUUCUUAGGAAGAGGAAAUAUCCCUCCUUUCCCUUCCUUAAGUCUUUGUUAAUUAGACUCUCAUAUGGCUUUAUAUUCCACUGAAAAUAAAACAAGUUAUAGUGUCCUCAUCUCUUUAAAUACUAACAAUGAAGAGAGUGAAAAUAUCAGCAAGAAACACCCCUCCCCCGUCCAAGAGCUAAGUGCAAAGAAUUAAUUAAUAUUGCAGACCUCAACAGGAAAGUUCCACUUCCAGAGGAUUUCCUGGGUCUAAGGCAAUAGGGUCUAAGGUAAUAGAAGGGAAGAACCUGUUUAUUUGCUGCAAGCUUUAGCAAAUCAGCUGAGUAGGAAUCCUUUUAUGCCUCAUAAAAGGUGUUGGUUGAUUCCUAACUCACACUGGAGGUCCUAAUCAAGUUCUAGUUAUUCCAGGGUUAUUUCUUUACCAUCUGGUAUUGGCUAUUCAAAAUAUAUUCUCCUUUUAGAAACCAGAGGUUCUUCAUCAUCUUUAACCAUUGACUUGGCUCUUCUUUAGUUGGUUGCAGCUUUUAAGCAUACUUGCAUUUUUUCAUGCCCUAACUGUAACAUUUCUCAGACUUGAAGCAAGCACAAAGAUCCAAACAUAUAGAAUGAGUCAUCAAUCUUUCAUUUUGUAGUGAAACACGUGCCUAAUAGACAGAAUUGGUUUUUUUAACCUUUCAAUAUUAUGAUGUUAUGUUAUUUUAGGGUCAACACUUAAAAUCACAGUCAAGGCUUUCAACUACAAUAGUUACAAAAGGGGCCGCUAAAGGAUAGUUGGGGUUUUGGUAAGGAAGUGCUGUUCCCCCAGGUCAGCCAAAGAGUACUGUGAAGCAUUUUGAGUAUCCUUAGAAGCCAGUGUUACUAGCUUUGUGCAUCAUAAACUUUCUUUGUUUGGAGUUUACUAACAUUUAAUCCAGGCUUUUAGUGAUUGCCUGUGACUGACAAACUAAGUAGUAACUCUCUUUAGUGGCGUGCUUUCCACUGUCUGAAGAUAAAGUGGUCCCUGUAUAUCCCUUCCAUUUGCCACAAAGGUCAACUUCUUCAGCUUCCCCAUAUGCUAUUACAUUUCAUUGGUCCUAGACUUCACCUACAUAUUUCCUAUCACCUGUCAUCUGCCUACUGUCGUUGGCCUCUUAUCCCCUUGGAUGACUCCCAUUAUUGAAAGGUGUAUCUGCACAUAUUAAUAUGUUUUUCUUCAGGGAAUUCUGGCCUUAGAAAUGGGAACGAGCAAAAAUUUUUGGAAGUAUUUAGGCAUCUGAAACCGUGCAAAAGACUGGCGUUUCACAUUGCACCGUGCAUAACUGCCUGAAAAUGAACAGUGGGAAUUUGGUUGUUGCUCUUAUAUUUAGUCACCUAAUAUUUAAAAAUGUGUGCCCAGGAGACUUGUGAUUGAAGCUUGGCAGUACAGCAGAGACUGUUUCCUCUGAGACAAAGACACUUUAACUUCUUUUAUUCAGGGACCUUCUUAAUCUAAGUUUGUGUAGCAGCUGUGUAGAAUAGUUGCACUCAAACACCAUCAAAUCUGCCACCUCGCUUCUGACUGGCAUUAUAGGUGGAUUUCCUGUAUCUCUGUUACUGCAAUUUUUGGCUGUAGGGUGAUGGAAGGAUAGUGGGAUGUUAUCCCCUGAGCUUAGGCCUCUUGGGUUUUGGUCCUCUUGUUAAAGUGAACUUACUGAAGUCAACUGCUUGCUUUUCUGCAAGUACCAGAUUUGGGGAGGUAUUCAGACUGAAAAUAUAGUAAAUUUGCUGUGCUUAUAAACUGAUCUUCCCAAAGACACUUUAGUAUCACUGAAAUAUUUUUCCUAUAAUUUCUCCUGUCAGCUAGAUUUCUUUUAAUUUAAGCAAUGUAAGGGAAAUGCUUUUUGUUUCUGGGCAUGCAUUUUUCUGUCUUUUCUAAGUCCACUAGUAAUACUUUACUGUUGACAUUCUUGCUCCUGAAAGGAAUUAUGGGCACUUUAACUGGGCUGACAGUGUAUAUUGGCACUGUUUGUUCUACAACAUGGUUCAUUUGUAACUAGGCUGAAGGUGUAAUUUUCUAAAUUAAAGUACAUUGUAGACUUCAGCAGAAAAAAUUGUUAUUCCUUCCCCUGUACCCAAUAAAGGCAAAUGAUACAGUGAA